GUAUAUAAAGUCCGACCAAGUCGGUCGUAGGCACAUUCAAGCAAUCGCCGGUCGGCACGAUGAAGACCCUCUUCGUUUCGUUUGCCCUGUGCGCCAUUGUUGCUGCGGCAUCUCGUGAGCGACGAGAAGCUGUCUUGGGCGGUCACGGAUAUUAUGGUGGUCAUGGAGCUUACGGUGGUCAUGGAGCUUACGGAGCUUACGGGGGUCUAGGCUACGGCGGACAUGGGGUAGCUGUUACUGGACCACUUCUUGGAGCAGCGAGUGUCGUGGGUCCACACGUGGGUGCCACCUCUGUUGCCGCCCCAGCGAUAGGUCCGGCUCGUUUAUCCGGAUCGAUGGCUGGUCCUGUUCACGUGACGGGCGCCGUUGCUGGGCCAGCUGUUGUGACCGCGUCGGUCGCUGGUCCAGCGCACGUGGAAGGUUACGGUGGUCCGUACGACGGUGCCUAUGGUGGUUACGAUGGUGGCUAUGGCGGUGGUUAUGCAGGUGGUUAUGGCGGUAAUUAUGUCGGAGGUUACGGAGGAUAUGCGGCUGGUCCUGCCUACGGUUACGCAGGAUACGGCGGCAGUCACGGAGGGCACGGAGUAGUUGUUGCCGGACCGGCUACCCACGGCGCGGUUCUGGCCGGACCUCAUUCCGGAAGCGCGGCUGUUUCUGGACCGCACGCCGGUUCGGUGGUGAUCGCCGGUCCCUCCGGAAAGAUCACGGCUCAUGGAAGCGGUUACGGUGCCGCCAUCCAUGCCGGCCACGGCCACGGUCACUGGUAACGCGCUCACAACCGUCUAAAAAAUGCAAAAGAAAAUAAUCUCUCUAAAUCGUCGUCGUCGGGUCGAAAGUAGAGAUUUCUCCCCCACGCGAAUUUCUAAGAGAGAUUGUGAAGAAGUAUUAUGGGGGUAUAAAAUUGCUGUAACACGACGACGCUCUUCGCGCUCGAUGGCUCUCGGUUGACGGCGCGCGCAUGAAUACUUACACCUCUUUUCUGUACAAAUGGAAUUCACUCUUCUCUUUGUAAAAGAAUAUUUGUAACGUAAAAGGAAGAUAUUUUGCGUAAUAUAAAAGAAAACAAUAACCCAGAGAGCCCAUAUCUAUACAUAAUGUAUGGCUUGAUGUAUCUCAUCAAUUAGUUUGAUCUCGCCAAUCAAAAUUUUGAUCUAUCAAAUUGCUGUGUAUUACAUGUGAUGUAUCGCUUCUGUAUUAUAUAUCCUUAAAUCUAACAGACUUUAUAAACGCAAUUAUUCAAAGAUGAUUAAAUCGGAUUGUACGAUUAUGAGAGGCAUUGCUUCAAUUAAUUUCUCCAAAAAUUCUACGGUGAAGAAUCACGCAGAAGUCUUGUAAUGUGUUUGAGCCGGGUGCGGUUAAGUCAAUUAUCCUAUCGCGAAUUACCGUGGCAAUCUGAUUAACUAAUCCAACCAUCUCUUCUAUCAGCAAACCACAAAUUAUCCAUGAUGAAAGCAAUGGAUGAUGCGGAGAUUAUAUCCGACGAAUUAGUCUUGAAUAAUCGUUUGCCACUUGAGCAAACCAUUACCGUUUAAAUUAUGCAAGCGAUAAUACAAGGUAAUCGAAAACUAACUUCGUGCAUGAAACAUGCAUUUAUAUGGUAUAUCCAAUAAAACUAAAACAUAAUUUAUAAGUUGUAUUAUAAAAGACAAAAUUGCGUAGAAGUUUCAAAAGCAGGUUUUUUUGCUCGAUAUUUCUUUUGCUAAUUCAAAUUUAGCACGCUGUAAUCUUACGUUAACAAUAACAAAUAAGCAUUCCAGUGCGCUUAAUUAACUGAAAUCUGUAGAAAUUCAUUUACUAACAAUUUAUGCUUUAUGCUUCCGUCCAACGUGACUCGUUUAGUCUAAAAUUCAUCGUCACGCUGCCUUCUCUGCACUUCGUUAUCUAGCCCAUUUCGUCAUGAUUUUCGAGAGAAUAUGGAAAUAGCGUUUAACAAUUGUUCAUUACAGUGAUUAGAGCGGUUGCACGUUUCACGUUGCGUACCGUUCAACUAGAUUAUUGUUAUAUCGGCGAUGCAUAUCACUCGAUACAAUAGAUCACUCGCGGUGUCCGUGUUCGAGUACGAUCGCACGCAAGGAGUUCGCAGUUGAUGUAAAUGACACAGAUCCGGCGUAAACGCGUAUCUUAAUGCAACGCGUAAUGAUCGUUGCCGUAAAGGGUAAGGUCGUCGCGAGCGUGACUCAACGAGCGGACGUCGUGGUUCGCCACUCAUAAGCUGAACAUGAAAAGUCAUGGUCGGAGAGAAACUACAUGGAACGACAGCUUGUAAAACACUGAUGUAAAUUGGAAAUUCCAUUACUAUACUGAAGAUAAUUUGAUAUCGUUAAUUCAAUAUCCAUUUAAUAGUAUUAUGAUAUUUCAUCGUCACAACUGAUUUGCAAUAUUAUGGAUUGAGAUUAUACUUUAAUGUAUACAUUACAACAAUCUAUCUGGACAUAUCAAUGCUAAACUAAUUCCAAUGUUAUUACAUUAGCGAUUGGUGAUUGCGUAUUAAAAUAAAUAAUUAUUUCGUUACGG